CACGCAUUUGCUGGAAAACUGUAGCCAACUCUGCUCGGUAAGCAAGCAAGCAAAAACCAAACUUCAAUCGCAACCAUGGCCGCCGCCGCACCGCCACCGCCACCUACCCCAGCCCCAGAGGGCUUCAACGACGUACCCCGAGGCUCCACCCCAAUGGGCUACCCACUCUUCUCUCGGAUCCGCCUAGCCCACCCCACCGACGUCCCACACAUCCACAAGCUCAUCCACCAGAUGGCCGUCUUCGAGCACCUCACCGACCUCUUCGUCGCCACCGAGUCUUCCCUCUCGUCCACCCUCUUCACCUCCCCUCCCUUCCAGUCAUUCACCAUCUUCGUCCUCGAAGUCUCUGAGACGCCUUUCGUCGAACACCUUCAGUGCAACAACUCGGCCUACCCACCCACCGUCAAAACCCACAAUCUGGACCUCCCGAUCGACGACCCAGAACGUGAUUUGUUCAGAUCCAACGGCGGGGACGCUGUCGUUGCUGGGUUUGUGCUGUUUUUCCCAAAUUACUCCACCUUUUUGGGGAAGCCAGGGUUUUACAUAGAGGACCUGUUUGUGAGGGAGUGCUAUAGGAGGAAGGGGCUGGGGAAGAUGCUGCUCUCAGCGGUGGCGAAGCAGGCGGUGAAGAUGGGGUACGGCAGAGUGGAGUGGGUGGUGCUGGACUGGAACGUCAAUGCCAUCAAGUUUUACGAGGAGAUGGGGGCUAAGGUUUUGCAGGAGUGGAGGAUUUGCAGGCUCACUGGUGACGCUCUCAAUGCUUAUGUCAAUGCCUAACUUGGUAAUUUCCAUGGCUCUUUCUCUGGAGUUAGAGUUGAGGAAAUUACAUGAAACUAAAUGAAAAAAUGGAAAUGUAAUGUGUUUUAAUCCUUUAAUUUUCUGGCUGUAUGCUUGUAGAACCCUGCUAUUUCUCCAAUCAAUUUCAUUAGCGUAACCUUUCGGAGUUUCGAAA